UAAGGUAAACAACCAUAUGUUAAGCGACUUAAAAUUAAUGUUAAAAAAAAAUUCAAUUUUAAGAAAAGAACCAUGAUAAAUUUACUAUUGUUAGUUUUUUUGUUAAUAGUAGUUUUGGGUUUUUCGCUUUGUGAGAACCCUGGAAUCCAAUUAAAGCUGACGGAAAAUGGCAUAAAAUAUGCUGUUAAAGAAGGUCUUCCCUAUUUGCGAGAUGAUUUACUCUCGGAGAUGAUAAACUACAAUGGAGAAAGUGGAAACUUGGAAUUUAAACUACAAAAUCUGCAUAUGUCAAAGAUAGAUUUUGGAGAAGUAUUUUUAACGCCGAUAUCAGGAAGAGGGAUCAAGUGUUCUGUCAAUAUUGACAUAAUUGAAGCUGUUGGUAUAUUUUUUUACAACUACAAGACGAUUUUCGGAAUUAAUAUUCAUGAUACAAUUGGGUUUAAUGUAAACAUCUCAAAUGUUGAGUCGGCAUUAAGUGUGGAAAUCGGUUCAAAUAAAGAUGGCCGUCCAUCAAUUAACUUUUUUGAUUGCUCUUUGAAAAUUAACAGUCUAACCGUACAAAUGAAUGGAAAAGACAAAUGGCUUUAUGAUUUAAUAAAUCCUCUUGUUGAGUCGACACUCGAAAUUGUAUUUUCUCAACUUUUUUGCAAUAUAGUAAAGACAAAGGUUGAAGAAAAUAUAAAGAACAAACUUGCAACUUUUACAGAAAUAAUAAACAUUGACAGUUUGGCAAAAAUUGACUUGUCGCUUACUCAACCUCCAAACUUUACUGAUAAUUAUGUACAAUUUUUCUUUAAGGGAAAGUUUUUAUUACAAAACGACUCUUCUUUAAACCAAUUUUUGUUACCUCAACCAACUGUGUCUGAUGAAGAUACACAAAUGCUUUAUCUUUGGAUAACCGACUAUACAAUUAACACAGCUGCAGAAGUCUAUCAUAAAGGAGGAGCUUUAACACAAGAAAUUUACAGUUGGGAUCCUAAGACUCCCAAAGAUCUUCAAAAGUUUCUCCAGACAUCAACAUUUACUUUGUUUUUUCCAGGUCUGUUAAAGUAUGGUGGCGAGAAGAUGGCUCUCUUUAUCCGAUCGUAUAAACCACCUCAAGUUUUAAUAGAAAAAGAUGAUUUUAAAAUAAAUUUGUUCACAGAAGGUAUGUUCAAAGUGCGAGAUAACGAUUUGACAUUAGAUGCGUUUUUAAUCAAGUUUGAUAUAAAAGCUGUUGCAGAAAUAUUUGUCUCAAACAACAAAAUCACUGCUAAAAUUUCAGCCUUUGAUUACGAUGCUGUGGUCGUUCGUUCUUAUGUUGGAAGUGCAUUGAUACCACUAGAUUCUUUUUUAAUAAAGAAAUUAGUUGAUGCUGCAAUAAUCAAAAAUGCAAACUCUUUCCUAGAUAAUGGCUUUUCACUUCCACCAAUCAGAGGCAACGAAAUAACAAAUCUUAACAUUAAGUUAUUAAAGAAUACCGUUCAAGUUGGAGGAGAUGUUCAUAGCUCAGCAGAGAACAUGGUGAACAGCCUGCUUAGGAAUAAUAUGAUCUUUAAAUGACGUCAAAUAAUUCUAUUGAAAUUUCUUUUUACUAAACUAUAAUUGACCUUUGUAAUUUUUCUUUAGGUUUGUUAUUAUAUUUUUGUUGUUAUUGUAUAUUAGUAUAUAAAAUGUUUAUCAAGUUUAUAAUAAAGAGCAUUAACCAAA